ACAUAUGCCGCGUGCCGCACGAUCGCCCGCGAUAAUCGCGGGUAAGGCUUAUUCGUGAUCGGAUCCUCGAACGCGAGGUGUAAAUUAGUAAGGUGCAAUGAAAGCAGCGGGACAAUUCCUUCUACUGAUGGCGAUUUUGCCUCUCGCGAGGCAAGAGAAAGUCGCCGAGGGUGCAUGCGGUUGCGCGGUGUUCCCGGUUCCGGGAACGAAGUCGAUAAUAGAACACACGCUGCAAUACAAUGUGAGCUGCGACCAGGAGGGCACCGAAAAGUGUCAACAAUUAUGUAUCGCCUUGGCCGAAAGUGCUCGGGAUAAGGCACCGACGCUGAUUUGCGAGAAGCUGAAUAGCCAUGUCGAAAAUCUGAAGGUGGCUGUAUACAUGAAAUCGUGUAAUAUGGCUCUUUGGACGCCCACUGGCUUGGAGAGCACCGAGCCCAUUUGCUGUCACGAAGAGAAGGCGAUUAUUUGUGACGAGGCGAUGCCGAUAAUAGAGAAUUAACGAGCUUG